CCAAACAAACUUGUGGUGGUGUACCUUCAAUAAAUAUCACGCACUUUAAUUCUCACGACACGCCAAAAUAUUUCAAAAUGGCGAACGGUACACCAGGAACUCCGGGUCCUGAAGCGGAAAAAGCUGCUAGUCGACGUCCAAAAGAUACAAAACUCAAACAACAGAGACUUCCAGCAUGGCAACCCAUUUUGACAGCUGGCACUGUUUUACCAGCUUUCUUUGCCAUAGGAUUGGCAUUUAUACCUCUUGGAGUUGUUCUACUAGUUACAUCUAAUGAUAUUCAGGAAUAUAGAUACGACUACACACAGUGUGUCAAUAGUAAUGAAGACAAGUGUGCUGACCUUCUCACAAACCUUACAGCCACAGGGCAGACAUGUACAUGCACAUUUAAGAUAGAGUUGAAAGAGGAUUUUGUGGGCACAGUAUACAUGUAUUAUGGACUCACAAACUUUUAUCAAAACCAUCGACGUUAUGUACGUUCACGAGACGACAGCCAGCUACAUGGUUACGAUGUAGAUAGUUUAUACAGUGAUUGUGAACCAUUCAAGACUAAGAAGUUAAACACAUCCGUUGAGAUGAAGAUCGCACCUUGUGGUGCUAUUGCCAACAGUCUGUUCAAUGACUCAUACACAUUUGUAUAUAAGGGAGAUGGAACUAAGAAUGUAAAUGUAUCAAUGUUGAGAACAGGCAUCGCCUGGGCGUCUGAUAAAGAUGUGAAGUUUGGUAACCCUAGUUCUAAGAAUGGUUCUGAUGAUCCAUGGGCAGGAUUUACAAAUCCGCCCAACUGGAACAACAAGAUGGUGUAUCAGCUUGACCCGGACGAUGAGAACAACAACGGAUACAAGAAUGAGGACCUCAUUGUCUGGAUGAGGACGGCUGCCUUGCCGACGUUCCGUAAACUUCACCGCAGGAUUAAUCAUCAGCAAACAGAAUUCACUGACGGUCUCCCAAAAGGACAGUAUGAAGUUACCAUUGAUUAUGCCUACCCGGUAACAUUGUUUGACGGAACUAAGAGUAUUAUAUUGACAACAACCUCAUGGCUCGGCGGCAAGAAUCCAUUCCUCGGAAUAGCAUAUCUCGUUGUCGGAUCAAUCUGUAUCUUGCUGGGAGUUAUAUUCCUGCUCAUUCACCUGAAAUGGGGACGCAAUAUUUCAGACAUUGCUAGUAUGUUUGAGCAAAGAACAGAUUUGAUAAAACAUAUGGACAAGAACUUCAGAGAUGAUCAAUGUGACGAGUAGAACUACAUUCAACUGAUGAUGAUGAUGAUGAUGAUGAUGACGAU